GAUCUUCUCCAAAUAGGAAAUAGGAGUACCGAAUACUCUUCCAUCUCCAAUCCCUUGCGUAAACAAUCGUCUGGAAUCAAAUUUGUUUCACCCCUUCUCUUCGCAUCCGUCAAUUUCUCCUCAAAUUCAAUUCCGUUUCCCCCCUAAUUUUCUUCAAAUCAAUCUUCGGCAACUUGUUAUUAAUCACACAAAAGUCGCAGUUUUUCACUCUUCGUUUUCCUUUUGCCCAGAUUAUUGGUGUGGAUAGUUUCUACCUAUUAUUAAUUAUUAAUUGUCUUAGUAGACGGCUUAUUUGUAGUCCCUAUGGCCAUAGUAGACGAUGACAUGAAGGAAGACUCACUUUGGUCUAUCUUUCUGAACUCUCGAAUAUCCAAUGUGGAUGAAGAGACUCUCACUCCUGAAGUUGUAGCCUGGGCUGAUUCUUGUCUGAACAAAGAUGCUGAUGCCGACUGGAGUUCUAUUAAAGAUGCCUUAUUGGAGAUUCUCAGUUCUCAACAAGAACCACCAACUAAUUCUUCAAGUGUUCAGAGCAGUAUUCAGCAACUGGCUGCUGAUGAUGUUCUUCACUUUAGAGAGGAUCUAACAAGUAUGGAAUUGGGCAGUGUGUCUGAUGAAAACGAAGAUCUGAUAUAUAAUGAUGUUGGAGAAAUUGAAAGCAUUGAUGUUUCUGAAGAUGAUGAGGACGAUCUUAUAUUCAGAAAUAAAUGGGAUCAGAAGAAAGGAAAAGUUCGUAAUGUUUUCCGCCCAAAUUAUUCUGAAGAUGUAAAAGUGGAGAACCUUGAUUCUGAUUUAAACUCGAGUUCGAAAACGUCUGAGGUGUAUCCUUCAUCUGUAGACAUUUUCAAAGUUUGGGAUCUUGGGGUUUCAGAGGACCAAGAUGAUUUUGCCAAACUAUUGAACAAGGCCCUUGAUGAUAAUAUUCCUGCACAGAUUCAAUCAAGUACCAGUGAUUCAGCAGCAUUGAUUGAUCCGAUGCAUGUGUCUAUGGAUGAUCUCAUUGCUGGAAUUGGGGAUCUAUCUCUGAAGCAAAAUACAACAUGAGUCAGUUCGUUUGCUUUAAACUUUCUGUGUAGUUCUUGGUCAUUUAUACAUCUGGUAAUUUAACAAUCUGGCUUUUCACGCUAUGAAAGGCAAGUUUCUGUAAACCUGAUUUUAGGUUCUGUUUUUCCUAGAUGUCGGAGGUUUUCCAUUGAAAUUUUCUUCUUUGUUGGUAACUUUGCUGGUUUUCCAUUGAAAUUUUCUUCUUCAGAAGUUUACUAAUUUCAAUUGUAGUUGAAGUGAAUAUGUUCUUUCAUCGAGAGUAAGUCUAUACUUCCUCGGGAUUUCUUUAUCAAAA